GGCUGCGAGCCCAUUAUAAAGAGCCACCGAGCCAGGCGGCGGAGGGACAGCCCAGAGCUGCUACGCGGCCCAGCCCCCUGCCCUGCCAGGAGGACCCCGGUGCCCCCAGCCAUGGCUCCCUCGCCGCUCUCGUGGCUGCUGCGUCUGGCCGCGUUCUGCCAUCUGUGCGCCCUGUUGGCUGGACAGCACCUCGGUGUGAUGAAAUGCAACAACACCUGCCACAAGAUGACCUCACAGAUCCCACUGUCUUUGCUCAUCCACUAUCAGCUGAACCAGGAGUCCUGUGGCAAGCGCACCAUCAUCUUAGAGACAAGAAAGCACAGACGCUUCUGUGCUGACCCAAAGGAGAAAUGGGUUCAAGAGGCCAUGGAGCAUCUGGACAGCCAGGCUGCUGCCUUGACUCAAAAUGGAGGCAAGUUUGAGAGGCAAGUUGGCCAGGUGACACCCAGGACAACUCCAGCUACCAAGGGACUGUCUCUGUCUGCACUGGCAGAGCCUGAAGCCACCAUGGAAGGUCUCGCCUCGGUACUGACUGUUUCUUCCCAGGAGGCUCAGAGGCCCAUGGGGACUUCCCAAGAGUUGCCAGUGGCAGUGAUUGGAUCCUUGGGGACUGGGUCUCCCCCAACAUCCAAGACUCAAGAUGCAGGGCCUGCAGCUGGGCCUCAGGGCACUGGGAUUUUCAAGGCAGCUGCUGUCUCCACCACCAUUUGGCAGAGUUCUGCUGCCUACCAAUCUGGGUCUGGCCUCUGGGUUGAGGAGAAGGCCACUGAGCUUCCCUCCACCACAGCCCCUUCUACCCAGGCACCUACCACUUUACAUCCAACCCCAGAAGAGAAUGUUGGGUCUGAAGGCCAGCUCCCAUGGGUCCAGGGACAGAGCCCCAGUCCAGAGGAGAUGAAUGGAACUCAUACUGAUGCUUUCCAGAACUGGGGUCCCGGUAGGACGACCCAUCCUUCGGUGGCCCCAGUUUCCUCUGAAGGGACCCCCAGCCCAGAACUGGUGACCUCAGGCAGCUGGGCUCCCAAGGUAGAGGAACCUAUCCAUGCUACUGCAGGUCCCCAAAAGCUGAAUGUCCUUAUCACUCCUGUCCCUGACUCCCAGGCAGCCACCCGGAGGCAGGCAGUGGGGCUGCUGGCUUUCCUUGGUCUCCUCUUCUGCCUGGGGGUGGCCAUGUUUGCCUACCAGAGCUUCCAGGGAUGCCCCCGCAAGAUGGCAGGGGAAAUGGUGGAAGGCCUCCGCUACGUCCCCCGCAGUUGUGGCAGUAACUCAUAUGUCUUGGUGCCAGUGUGAGCAGUCUGCCUACUUGUGUCCAUGGUUUGAUUCAGAGAGUUGCCUGAGGACCCCCAUCCUCAUACCCACCUUCACUUAAUGGCCUAGCCUGAGCUGGAGUGAUGGGAAUGGGGAAGUUGGAUCCUCCAGGAGCCAUACACUCCAAACCCCCAGAUGUGGCCCAGGAGGUCACCUGUGACCAUUGUCCAUCUAUCAGAGACAGAGUGGGUAACCUCCCAACUCACCUAGACCUGAAAUUCCUCUGCUGCUGGCUGGUUAGAGGUUCCCUUGACACCGUCCCAGCCCUAGUGAACAAUUAUUUAUUGAAUGCCCAGCCUCCUGUGAGCACCGUGGUCCUUCCAUCUCACACACAAGUAGCAGGUCAGGCCCGUUUGCCCAUCCCUCAGACUUCCUCAUGUCUCCUGGUCCUGCUGCAGUCGCCAGUCCCUCCUCCCCUGGCCAGCUGCGGUGCUAUAUCUCCCUGUCUCCUGUACAGAGCACCCCUAACCCCCCACACACACUAUGUCAUGUCCUUUCUUGCAUGAGGUUAGCGCCAUGUUUCCUGGAGCAGCUCUGGGAAGGGAGAUGAGCUUGCGUGAAGCUUUGAUGCAUUCCUCCUCAGACUUUGCUGUGCAGUGAAGGCAUGCUGCAUCUGAAGGCAGGGUCUAGUCUCCGCUCCACUGCCUGCUCAAGGUAUCCCAUCUAAGAAAGAAAAGAAAGGUGGCCCAGAGAUGGCAAUAACCCAUGGCCCUGACAUUACCAUUUGCUCUUGAGACCCUUGUCCCCAACCCUGGAUGUAGCCCCUAGCCCUUAUCAGCACUGACAGUCACUGCCAUUCCACUGGACAGACAUCUUUGUACCCUGUGACCCAGAGUCCUCAAAGGAUGACUUAAGAAUACAGGUCCUAUCUUGAGGUCCCCAAAUAGGGGCCAGGUGGGGAUCUGCAGGAACAAAGGCCAACUUAGAAGGUCCCUCCAUGUCCUCAUUAGGUACCCUCUCUCCCACCCACCAAGGUGACAGCCCCAGGUCGGCCCUACAAGAGGGUCAGACACCGACAUAGGAAGGAAUGUGGGUGACAAGCCCCCGGGAUGCAAAGGAGCCAGAAUUAGGUCCUAGAGCAGCCACACACUGGUGACACUUGAGGGACUUGGGCAGGUACACACAGGGCCGAGCUCUUCCCUGCACCUGGGUCCCCUUCCACUUCUCUGAAAGCUGCGUUCACUGCAUUCCAAGAUUUCACCUUUGCCCUACUUUAGGCAGGGUUGGAAUUCCCACAUCAUUGUCCAGAAGUCCUGUGUGCAUUUCUGGAAGGAAUUCUGCCCUGGGCACAAAGUCCCAGGUUCCCUUUCUGAAGGCCAAAGUCUCCAGCACUCCUGGCAGGGAGUGGCUGGGUGGCACCUCAGCUGGAGCUAGACCUACAGACCUCGCUUUGCCCCUCAGAGCUCUUGGUUGGCAGUUCUCCUGGCCCUCCUCUGAUUGGCCCCAGCCCUUCACCUGUGGUACCUCCCAUGGGCGGGGCUUCACCCAGGGGCCAGUGACUCCCUGGCAGGUGAAUGCUCAGAAGAAGAACAGGUACUUCUGGCCCUGAGUGAGGAAGCCAGGCCACUUGCCCUCCUGGGAAGCUCCUUAGGAGGCUCAGGCCUAGUCCCAUGGUGUUCACUGAGGGUUCAGAGGAGCAGCAGCCUGAAUGCACUUUUUCCUGGCUCCUCCAGCAGGGAGCCUUCAAGGGUUGGGUUACCCCACCCCCCGCCCUGUGUGAGGAAGCUGGUGCCCUUUCUGGACUUUGCUGGCUCCCUCCAGCAGGACACAGACCAGGACAGUCUGGGGAGGACUUCAGAAGGAGUUGGAUGAGCCUUUGGCUUUUUCAAAUGUCAUUACCAAUGUCUGUGCCAUUUUGUAUUUUACUAAUAAAAUUUUCAAAGUCUUGUGAAUCAAA